ACCUAUUUAAAGCAGUCUGUCUUGUCUCAGCUCAGCAGUCUCCAGUCUACCAACUGGUCUCUGAAAACCUAUUUAAAGCAGUCUGUCUUGUCUCAGCUCAGCAGUCUCCAGUCUACCAACUGGUCUCUGUAACUUCAUCUUUGUCUCUGUGGUGUCCAGUCUUCAGGUGAUGAUGGGGGUAUUGAAUCAUCUCUCUGCUCUCCUCCUCCUCUCUCUCCUUCCUCCUUCUCUCUCUGAGGUGGUGAACAGGUUCGAUCCAAAGUGCAGUGAUUUCUUCCUGAAGGGGACAACUCCAAAUCUCCCGGGUAUUUUGGUUGGUGGGAUAGUCCUGAACCCGGACCAGGACCCGGACCGCUACAAACUGAUUUGCCAGAAGUACGAAGGCAAAUACAGGUUUGCAACUCUCUACGACACGACCAACAAGAUCCCUGUGUUCUCAGCCUACACCUACACUGAUGCUCCUGAAGGCAGACCAAAAAUAUCCUGGAUGAUCGAGCCCCAGCUCGAAGCUUUAACAAACCAACUUGACAUGAAGGUGGAUCAAACCGUCAUAAAACAGGCUGCGGACGCGGACUACAAAGUAAAAAUAGAAAACAUGGAAAUAGACAGAGGUCAUCUAUUCCCAUGUUUGUAUGCGCCUGAUGAGGAUACCAAGAAGUCCACUUUCACCCUGACAAACGCUGUUCCCCAGGUAAGAUCCUUCAACCAAGGCAGCUGGCGUACAAUGGAGUGCAGUGUCAGAAAAAAGCUUAUGACGGACUGUCUUGAUAGCAACGGGAAGAUAAACGCCUAUGUGGUGACUGGAGCAGUGCCCAGUGAGAGCAACAAACUGAACAACCGAGUGAACAUCCCAUCUCUCCUGUGGACAGCCUACUGCUGUUACAACCACAACCAGAGACAGUGGGUGGCCGGAGCACACUGGGGUGAGAACCAGUGGGAGGAAAAAGGAAAGGGGAAACCAAAAAAAACAUUGCCCUCUAAAACCUUGGCAGAGCUGUAUAAGAUGCUGAACCCAGAUGGUGGUGUCAAGGUGUUCCCAGAUGAUUGUCAGAAUGGAAAACAGGAUGAUACAGGGAGGAACGGAGAGGCUGGGGCGGGGCAAAAGAGGCAGGGAGAAAUGAGCGGAGGGUCAAAGGGAAGCAUAAAGAAGCCAAGAGAAACAGGGGAUGAGGAAAAUGACUGUGACUUUGACUGUGAUGAAGAGUGAUGAGUUUUGUCCGGUGGUAAUUCCCAUAACUAUUGAGUUAUAAGUUAUAAGGGUUAUAAUGGUUAUAAUGGUUAA